UUCGACGAUCUCAAAUCGCGUCGGGAUUGCUCGGUGCGAGCAUCGAAUAUUUGUUCGAUUUUUCCAUUUGACGACGUUUUGUGCUGUUUGAUUUUCAUAAUAGUUGGUGGGGGUUUCACGAUAUUUUAUUCCAGGAUUGUAAAAUAGAAUAACGAUGAUGUGAGAAUGGUUAUUGAAAUUAUAAUAAAAAUUUUAAACACUAUUUUUGGAAUAUGAUUUGUGAUUUAAAUAGUGUGGGUUGAAUUGUACUGGAUUUGAAGCCCAGUCAAGAACGGUUGAUUGAAACGAUAAAAACAAAAGUUCAAUUAAAGUUUUUGUAUUACGUGAUCGAUUGUUGUUUGGAUAAUCAGAGAUCAGCUCGAGAGCACCUAACCAACUUCAAAAUCAACGCACAAAAUUAGUUCCUCUCUUUUUCUCCCUAACACACGGUGCACGGGGUCAGGAGUUUUGACGCGAUAAGGAGACGGUGUUACCUGGGGGAGGUGAGAGGAUGGCGGACACGAGUCAGCAGGAGCUCUCGGAGCCGCAUACCAAUGGAGCAGUCGAUGGUCUCACUGAAGAAGAAAAAAGUAAAAUGCGACCCGCAGAUAUCGAUGCUGACAUGAGGGAAAUGGAACGAAGGAAGAGGGUGGAAAUGAUGAUGAACUCACGUUUGUUCAGAGAAGAAUUGGAGCGAAUUAUCGAAACACAGAUGAAAGAUGGAGGUGCAGGGCCAUCAGGACUUCUUCAACAAAUAUCCGAUAUGAUGGGAGCUCAAGGAGCUCGUUUUAACUCAAAUGUGUUCAAAAGCUCAAAUUGCGUGGUGCCUAUAAACGACAUACGAGGUGUUGAGAGCAUGGGUUAUGCUAAGGGUGAAAAAUUACUACGGUGCAAAUUGGCAGCAGUUUUUAGAUUGUUAGAUCUUUAUGGAUGGACCCAGGGAGUCGGAGGCCAUAUCACCGCUCGUCUUAAUCAAGAUCAAGAACAUUUCUUGGUUAAUCCUUACGGCCUGCUUUACCAUGAAGUUACAGCUUCAAGUUUGGUCAAAGUAGAUAUGCAAGGAGCGAUCGUUGAACAAGGAACUACGAACUUUGGAGUACAUGUCACAGGAUUCCAACUACAUUCUACUAUUCAUGCAGCAAGACCUGACAUAAAGUGCAUCAUCCACAUCACUACUCCGUCUGUCAUAGCUGUUUCUUCUCUAAAAUGCGGACUACUACCGCUUGGUCAGGAGAGUAUAGUGAUUGGAGAAGCAAGCACACAUCAGUAUAUCGGUGGUGUUUUUGAGCCAGAGGAGAAAGAAAAGAUAGCAAGAAAUCUUGGCCCAGUAAACAAGAUAAUGUUUUUAACAAACCGCGGUGCUCUGUGUUGCGGCGAAACUGUCGAAGAGGCUUUUUACAAUGUAUAUAACACCGUUCUUGCUUGUGAAACUCAGCUGAAAUUAAUGCCAGCUGGCUUAGAUAACCUUAACCUAGUCUCUGAAGAGUCUAGAAAGGCAAUUUUCGACGCUUCGAGAAAGCCGCCGGUACCACAACAGACUUCAGUAGCCGAACCGUCGCCUCUUGCUGAUAAACUUGAAAAACGUUGGAGGAUUGGAGGCACCGAGUUCGAAGCUCUCAUGAGAAUGCUUGACAACGCUGGAUUCCGCACCGGGUAUAUCUACAGAAAUCCAUUGGUAAAAGGAGAGCUUCCGAGACCCCGCAACGACGUCGAAGUACCCCCAGCAGUUUCUUCUUUGGGCUAUCUGCUUGAGGAAGAGGAACUUUACAAACAAGGAUUGUGGAAGGGAGGUAGAAAAGGAACAGAUAGAUCGCGCUGGUUGAAUUCUCCAAACGUUUAUCAGAAGGUUGAAAUAUUGGAAACUGGAACACCGGAUCCCAAGAAAAUAACAAAGUGGGUGGAUCAAAAUGCUGAGGAGUGGGUGACGGAUGGCUCGCCAACGCAUAGCAGUACCCCUGUCAAGAUUGAAAGUGCUCUGCAAUUUGUACCCAAGAAUACAAAUCCCAAGGAAUUCAAGCAGCUCCAACAGCAGAUUAAGGAUUACCGCCGUGCAGAUAAAAUAUCUGCUGGUCCGCAAUCCCAUAUCCUGGAGGGAGUUACUUGGGAUGAGGCAAAAAAGAUGCAGGAUGCUACCAUUAGUGCGACGGGCGAACAAGUAGUGCUAGUUGGAGCGGCUAGCAAAGGUAUAAUUCAACGAGGAUUCCAGCACAAUGCCAUGGUCUACAAAACUCCAUAUGCAAAGAAUCCAUUUGACGCUGUCACUGACCAAGAACUUGAUCAGUACAAAAAGGACGUGGAACGUAAACAGAAAGGAGAUCCUUACGACGAAUCGCAAUCUGAAUCCGAAGCUUUAUCAUCUUUUAACGUAAGCCGCGCGACUCACGAAUCUAGCAAUGCGAAAAGUCCAAUCCAAUCCCCCGUUUCUGUUACAUCAGAGACGGAGGAAGAGAGUAGAGAUGAACCACGAGUAUUACGAAUAGAAACGAAGCAGGUUCCAGUGCCAAGUCAGCCUGAGGUGGUUCUCAGUGACGAACCAGCAGAAGUUGCCACAAUCAACGAAUCUCCGCUGGUCCAACAGGCACAGAUUCAGAAUGCACAGCGACAAUCACAAAGUGUUAUACACCAAAAACUUGCAGUGGACGCAACGACAGAUUUCCUCAACGAAAUGAGACGUACGGCGGUCGAUCCACGAAAUGAUCUCAACAGACAAGGAGAAAACACAGUGAAUGGUGACCAUUCCGACGCACAUCACAGUACAUUUUCCCAGAGCAGCAAAGAGGGUUCCAUGUCGCAGGAUGUGAGCGUUAGCGAGGAAUCACCAAAAAAAGAGAAGAAAAAGAAGAAGGGACUCAGGACGCCUUCCUUCCUCAAGAAAAAGAAGGAGAAGAAGAAAUCCGUCGAGGCGUAGGUAGUUUGACUUUGGACACUGCCACAACACAAAUUAAAUUAUAAAUAAAAGUGAAACACAAAAUCGAAGUCGAAGUAGUAAGAAAUGAUGAAUAAACGAACAAAAGAAAGAAAAAAUAAUUACAAUUUAAAUAAAUCGAAUACCGCCUGCAACAAAGCAACAAUCACAACAGCAUUUUUCCAGGACUCAAGACUGCCAUCACAUUACGUCGUCUUUUAAGGAAAAAAAAAUUAAAUAAAUAAAUAAAAAUAACUAUAUAUUCUAUUGUUAAUGUUUUUACUUUUAUUUGUUAUAAGUGUUGCGCGAUAUUAUAAUCUACAAAAGAAGAAAAUAAAAAUAAUGAUAAUAAUAAUAAUAAUUAUAACAACAAUAAUAAUGGCGGUUAUUAAUUAACCAAAAAAAAUAUUUAACUAUAAACACACAACAGUAAUCUGUUUUAUUAGUUAAUUAAAGAUACAAUCGAUUUAUACUUGUAAACAAUGAAAUGAUUUUUUGCAAAUAUUGUUUAAACGGAAAAUUGAAGAAGUUUGGGGGGGGGGGGGGGAGGAAAAAUUAAAUAAGCAUGAUGAUAAUUGAUCGGCUUCUAAUAAAUGAUAUGAGAAAAAAGAUAUUUUAUUUUACACAAUCAUAGAAGAAGAAAGAGGAUAAAAAAUUUAUCUAUUACACGAAAAUUUUUAUCACACAACAUUGAUAAAUAGAACGCGAUUCUAUCAACACCAUUUAUUUAUAAUCGCAAAAAAACGAGUGAAAUUGAGAAAUUUGAGAAAAAAGUAAUUUACAAAAUAUAAGAGAUAGGAGAUUUUAAUCAGAUAACAGAGUCGCGACUUGCGCUCUUCUAGACUUAACGAUAGUAAAAGGAUAUUCCUGUAAUUGUGGCAAUGCGGUGUCGCUUGAUAGAAAAAAACUAAUUUGCUUGGUGAUGAGAGAGGAUCAUACAGCUAGUAAAGGCCAUCUGUCUUUUAUGUUUUUUUCCGUAGAUAUAAAAUUUUCUAAUCAUAAUAGAUGGCUAUAAAUAGCUGUUAGUAACUCUGACCCACCUGUCUACCUCGGCAAAACCGCGUUUUCUAUGUACCUUGAUUAAUUGAAAAGAAAAAUUUAUACUUGUCCAAUAAUUAAUUUAUCGUUAUUAUUCGGCUUCAAUUAUGCAAUUCGCUAUCUACCUAUGUAAUAAUUAGAGAUUAAUGUCCGGAACUCGUAAUUCGUAUUAUAUAAUAAUUAUGUAUAACUUAACCAAUAAGCUGCCUCGCGCGUUGUUAUUAAUUUAAAAAAAAAAGAAAAGAAAUGAGAAGAAAUUUUUCAAAUUCAAUUUCAAACUCGCCUUAAGCGUUAUACAUUUAUAACAACCAAACAAAAAAGCGAUGAUAUCUCAAUGAUAAAAAAUAUCACAACGCCGUUCAUUAUAAAAGUAAGUUCAUCCAAUUCGUCGAGAAAAAGAUGAUAAAGAAUUUCAAACGUGCUGCCAAGUUGUGUUAUAUUUUAACAUUGAUUCAUAUAAACAUUCGAUGCUAUCAUAGUUGUUAGUAAUUGAAUGAUAAAUUAUUGUAUGUAUAUGUAAUGAAAACAACUUGAUUAGUGCUACAACGCGUAAACAAGAAUUAAGAGUGUAUAGCGGUGGCUUGAAAAAAAAUUGAUAUGAUGGUGACAGGUACGAUUUUGCAGCUUUCCAAUUUUUAAUAAUAAAAAAAAAAUAUAUUAUAUAUAUAUUGCACGGAAGUACCCUAAUGAUCGACAAAAUUGCUCGUUUCUCUGUUGUUGUUCUUGUUCUUUUUAUUAUUUUUAUUAUUAUUAUUGUUAUUAUUAUUACAUUUCUAUUCCGUUUCUCUCUCUCUCCGUUUAAUGAUACUAUUUUAUUCUGCAUUGUCAAUAAUGUACCACAAUAUUCUUCAGAGUACGCAAUGAUGACAAAGCAGUAACGGGGGGAAAAAAGAAAUUGGAAUUUGAAUAAGAGCAUCACUUAUUGUUAGUAAUUUUAAUGCUAAUAUUGAUAAUGAUAAUGAUUAAAUCUUCUAAGCUUUCUUUGUACAGGAAAACAAAAAUGUAGGUAUAUUUAUAAAGUAUAGUAAUGCAACUUUAUAGAGUAAAAACGAAUACCUAAUUAAAGGAGAUGAUUGCGAAAAAUAACUGAUGUUUUUGUUUCCAGGAUUCAUUAUUUGUUUCUUUGUUUCAUCAUUGAAUAUUCCAAAAUGAAUUUUAACUUCACAAUUCUGCACACGAUUUGACCAUUAGUAAUGUUUGUUUUACAGAUUAAAACGCAAAAUUUCGUUAGGAUUUUCAGAUAGAAGAUGAAAAGAAAAUAAAACAGACUUGACGCGACGACAUGUGAAUCUAAUAAUCCAUGUAAUAUCACAGAAUUAUGUUAACGACUGUAUUAUUGAAUUAUAAUACGAUAUAUUAAUUGCAAUUUACUUAGAAUUGUAAUAAUUAAUGUUAAUAUAUUAUCAUAAUAUGCAUAUACAUAUAGAUUGUAUGAGUAUAAUUAUUGAAUAUUAUACAGAGGACACAUGUAAUUUCUAGUUAUAUGCGAUUCAUGCUGCGCUUUCUAUAAAAGAAGAAAACAAAAAAGUAAUAAUUUAAUCAAUUAUUAGAUAUUAUUAUUCAAUGAGAUCUAAGUUUUCGCAAAUUUGUAUAUUUUUUAUUUGUUUCUUUGAAAAGCAAGCAGAAUGAAAAAAAUCACAUGAAUAACGAGUGAAUAAAUGAUUAAUCAAUAACAAUAAUAUUUAAAAAUAAUAAUAAUGACGAUAAUAAUAAUUGUAAUAGCUAGUGAGAAUGCGAGAGUAAAGAAAAAAGUAAUUGAUUAAUUUAGCUUUUUUAACAUUAAAUCGCGUUAGAAGAAAAGCAUAACAUGAGAAAAUUAGAAUAGGUUCAAUUUACUAAAACCAUGCAAAACUUUCAAGUCUCCAAGUUCAAAAAUCAUAUUUUACAUUAUGAUAGUGAGCAUGCAACUCCGCACGAUCUCCAAUAUUUCUGAGGUAUAUUAUUUUCAGGUUCAAUUACGUUACCAACUGCAUAUAUCGCCUAUAACUCUAUUCUACCUCUGGGUUAUUGGUUUUCUUUCUCAAAUAUUCUAUCCACAUAUUCUGGAAUAUCCAAAUUCCAACAGUAGAUUCCUUGCAAUUGGUCUGCGGUACUUGGAACGCAUCGUUUGUACAUAAAAAGCCAUAUCACAUAAAAAUGGAAGAGAGGCAAACAAAAACGUAGCCCGUAGUGAUCCAGAGAGGUCGUUUCAAUCAGUAAAAUCUUAUAUUAAAUUUUACUAAUAAAAAACAAAAUUGAACCGACCUUGAUUAUCAGAAUUGGAAGAAGGAGCAUGGAUACUCAGUUUAUGGUAAAGAAAAAGGAAAAAUGUAAGCCAUGGUGAUGUCGUUGGGAUAUCCUCCAAUCUCUUAGCGUUAUGAGCGAAUGUGCAUGAUUCGAUGAAUUUCCAUUUCCUGAAUUAUUCUCAAUUUUUUUUUUCAAAAUUGUGAAAAAAUUCGGAAACAUCAACGAAUUCUAAAGAAGAUUUUUCGAGUGAAAAAUUCACUGCAAAGUUUUUUCUGCAUUUGGUCGUACAAGAACUAUAAACAGUGAUAUUUUCAACACAACACUCAGAAAAAUUAUAGGUUUAAAAAUAUGAUUUUUUUCUCUAGAAAUGUGUGCCGGCUCUAAAGCUUUCAAGCACUUCAAAAAUUGCAUGUUAUGAGUUUUUAGUUUAAAAAUUUAAUCCACAUAAUUUGAAAAAGUGAAUAGAAAAUCAACAUCGAUUUAUACGUUAGAGACUUUGAAACUUCGCGAUUUAUAUAGGGUAUAUAUUUUUUUUAUACACAUAAUUAUUAUAUCACCGUGUAGCACGAUUGAUAUAAACAAGUAAGAAAAAAGAGAAACGGUUCUUCAAAGAAGAAUUUAAAAGUGCUAUGACAUCCUCGUUCCAAAGAUAUGAUUGAUUUUUGAAUUUUUUCCCUUCUAAACUUAAAAUUCAGCAACGCAAAUUAGUUGCGCAUGUUCUCAACUCAUUUUUUUCUUCGAUCUCCAUGGAUUUUUUAAUCGAUGAAAUGUCUAUUAGUUACUAAUGGCUUAAUUAUCCGUGAUAACAAUUCAUAUACAUAUAUAGUUAUAUACACAACUAGUAAUAGAAUAUUUUUUUAUUCGAUUUUGGGACGGGGUUUAUUUUUUCUAUGGUCCAAAUAAUUAAUUAAAAAAUUGAAUAAAUUAGAUAACAUACUCUUUUGCAUCUUUCAAAUGAUUGAUUAUAAUGAGAAGCUUGUUUCACGUAUAUUAUAUAAAUAAUAACUUGGAAUUAGGAAACAGGAGAAAAAUAAAAGAAAA